AUGGCAGACGACGGCAUGUUCCUGAAUUUCGCGGUGGAUGCAGACCUCAACACCAACGCGCAGAAGUUCAAGGGUGGGUCAUGGAGAGACCGGCUCAAGGCGAAGAGGACUGCGCACCGAGUUCGCUCAGGAAGACCACACGAUGCGAACAGCGUGCCCAUACCACAACGGCAGCCGAGCAAUGCGUUCAACCAGUCGAAAGGCCAACCCGACGAGUUCCCAGACGGCCGUCCAGCCAAGAGGAGGCGUGAGAAUGGAUACAUGCCCAACGGCACAGACGGCGCAGGCAAUGCUCAGAGACGCAAUGGGCAACAAUCUACGGGCCCUCGCGAGGUCAUUUCCUCCUUGUUCUCAUACAACCCGAAGCCUUCGACGGCUGUGGAGGAGCCCAAGGAGGAGCAAGGAGAGGAGAAGCAGACUGCACCCUCUAACGCGCCUCUCGUUGAUGGGAUAGACACCUUUACGUCGCUCGGCCUCUCCCCAACCGUUGCUGCACAUCUCUUGACCAAAAUGGACCUAAAGAAUCCCACUGCGAUUCAGAAAGCAGCGGUGUCGCAAAUUUUGAAGGAAGACAACGAUGCUUUCAUACAGUCCGAGACUGGCUCGGGAAAGACUCUCGCAUAUCUACUGCCCAUAGUUCAACGCAUCAUAACAAUGUCCGAACAGCGAAGAGGACAACAGAACACCGUCCAAGAUUCUUCGUUACAUCGAGACUCGGGUCUAUUCGCCAUCAUACUCGCCCCUACGCGGGAACUCUGCAAGCAGAUUUCGGUGGUUCUUGAACGCUUGCUGGGCUGUGCACGAUAUAUUGUCGCUGGCACGGUCAUCGGCGGUGAAAAGAAGAAGUCGGAAAAGGCGCGGCUACGCAAAGGCUUGAAUAUCUUGGUUGCAACCCCCGGACGUCUGGUGGAUCAUCUCGACAACACCCAGGCGCUCGAUGUCAGCAAUGUCCGCUAUCUAGUUCUCGACGAGGGCGACCGUCUGAUGGACCUGGGGUUCGAAGAAGAUAUCACAAAACUUGUCAAGACACUGGACCAGAAGAAGAGGAAAAGCAGCAGACCUGGGCUUCCGGAGAAUCGCAUGACCGUGCUGUGUUCUGCGACUUUGAAGAUGAACGUCCAGAAACUGGGCGAGAUAAGUCUCAAAGACGCGGUUCUGAUCAAAGGAGAUUCAGGUGACCCCGACGACCAGGGAGCCGACAGUGCUCCUGACGGAACCGAUUCGGCUUUCCUUGCCCCUGCUCAGCUCAAACAGACCUAUGUGGUCGUUGCAGCAAAGCUGCGCCUGGUGACGCUCACGGCGUUACUGAAGCGGACAUUCGCACGCAAAGGGUCAGUCAUGAAAGCCAUCGUCUUUGUGUCCUGCGCAGACUCUGUUGAGUUUCACUACAAGGUGUUCACCAGAGCUUUGGAAGCAGCAGCAGCAGAGGCCGGAAAGGACACUCAUACCAAUGGUGUUGUUUCCGAAUCUGAUUCUCCGGACGAAGUCAAAGACGCCAAACCCUCCUCGACAGCUGCUAUCACCACCGCCAACGACACCGACUCGAUAGCUCCCGCUCCAGUCCUCUCCUCCCCAAACAACAACGUCACUCUGUACAAACUGCACGGUUCCCUCCCCCAAGCCACGCGGACCAACAUAGUCAAGCACUUCGCCCAGACCACGGCACCAUCGCUCCUCAUCGCUACGGACGUAGCCUCUCGAGGCCUGGAUCUCCCCAAUCUCGACCUGGUGAUUGAAUACGACCCGGCAUUCAGCUCGGAUGAUCACCUGCACCGCAUUGGGCGAACGGCCCGUCUAGGCCGCGACGGACGGGCCAUCAUCUUCCUCCUCCCCGGCAAGGAGGAAGGCUACGUCGACGUGCUGAAGAGCUCGUACAAGCGCUCCUCGGCGUCCGAGAACGCCGACACCGCGCGCAACGUCACGGCCUCGUCUGCAGACGAGGUGUUGAAGAAGGGAUUUUCUCCUCUGGUUGGAGUCGUGUCGACAAAGAACAAGAAUCAAAGUCACAACCACAACAAUCCAGCAGAGCCCCACAGCCAGACAGGUCUGAACUGGGAGGCCCGCGCCACCGAGUUCCAGCUCGACGUCGAGCGCUGGGUCUUGUCGAACCCGGCGGCCAAGGACCUGGCCAAGCGCGCUUUCCAGAGCCAUGUGCGGGCCUACGCCACCCAUGUCGCGGCGGAGAGGAAGUGGUUCGAUAUCAAGGACCUGCAUCUGGGCCAUCUGGCCAAGAGCUUUGGACUGCGCGAUCCGCCCGGCCGCGUCAAUGUGGUGGGCCAGGGCCGCGGGCGGAAGGGCGCAGCAGCAGUGCAGACGAAUAGGAGAACGCUGUCGAAUCAUGCGGGUGACAAGAGUCACAAGGCUGAGCUGGAUAAUAUGGGCGAUGCCAACGAGGCGGCCAGGAAAAUGCGUGACAAGAUCCGCAAGAACAAUAAGAUGAUGAUGGGCGGAGGAGCCGACGAGUUCAAUAUUGCUUGA